AUGAAGUGUAAGAAGCACUACGCCGAUCUCAGUAGUGUCGUCGGCGUCUGCGCUUCUUGCCUCCGGGAACGCCUCUUUUCUCUCGUCGCUGCUCAGGAGCAGGCACAAGCAAAAGCUCAAUCCCAGGAUCAAACCGUAGAAGAAAAAAAUCGCAAUUUGGACACGCACCCGGUGUUUCCUCGUUCUGUUUCUCCCUACAUCAGUCGCCGAAAAUCAGAUAAUUCCGCCGCCUCGACCGCUGCUGCCGCAUGGCCAAACAGUAAUCAACAUAACAGUGAGAGAAAUCGACAUCGUAGCGUUCCCGAUCAGCGGUUUUUUAGCACGCCGCAGGUAGGGCCUACAGUCGGAUGCUAUAAUCCAUGCCGAAAGAAGAAGCACAGUUUUAUUCGGUUCUCUUUGUUAACGAAUUUGUUUAGAUCUAAGAAACGAAACGAAGUGGAUUUAGAUUCGGACCCUAGGGUUUCGGUUUCGAAUUAUGGGGGAUCAUACGGUGGUGGUGAUAGUGUCACGUCGGCAAUGCCGUCGCCUUCGUGGUUCUCAACCAUUAGGUCCGGUGGUGGUUGUCGGAAGAAACAGCCGUUUUGUUUUAACGAGUCCUCGAAUUCCGCAGCCAGCGUGAUGCGGAAGCACUACCGUGAAGAUCGGGGUAUGUCUCCUGUGAGAUACUCCGACGCUUAUGGCGGUGUAGAAGAUGAAUUCGGCGAUGGAUCCAGCGGAUACGAAUCGUGUGAGUCGCGGAAACAAACUCCGUGGAGGACACCAGCGCAUCCUUCGGUCCGGCGCGGUGGUGGCGGACACGGGAAGAACGUUUCCGGUCUAACUUUCUGCUUGAGCCCGCUGGUGCGAGCCAGUCCUAACCGGCAUUGGAACCACAAAGGAAUGCCACCGGUAGACGGCGGCGAGAUCAGAGCUCCGGUCAAGCCGCACUUGUCCAACACCAAGACCUUCUGCGCCAACCGAUCAAAAAAACUCGCCGAUUUGGGGAGAUUGAAUACAACCCGUUGA